CCCUUCUCGCUGGCCAACGCUCCUUCACCUUCUCCCUACAACAUUAUCAUUCCGUAAAGAAAGUAUUUGCUCUUUACUGAUCUCGCCGCCAGUCCCGCCAUUCCUGUGUUUUCAUAGGACUCUCUGAUUUCACUUGAUGAUUUCGGAUUGGGCGUGUGCUCGUGACCAGGCCGUAAAAGCUUCUACUACUUUACUCUCAUCUUGUUGUUAUUCCUCAUCUGACAUAUUACCCGAGUCGGGGCUGCUCAACGCUGUUUCAAAGCCCGGGUGGGCGGGCUACUCGAUAUAUCAAGGGUCUUUCUUUUCGAAUCCAGCAAUUAUUGCAACAAGACAAUGGCCACAUCUCCAGACCCGCCCUGGGUCAUGAGGAAGGCGGUUCUUGUUUCUAUACCUGAUUCUGAAGUUGCUUGUUCUGCAAGGCUUCGUAUCUUCCAUGAUAUAAAUACUAACAAAGGAUCCAUCUCCCUCAAGAUUAAAGCAGAUCUUGCUAACCUGGGAUUACAGGACCUGACAUUGAGUAUCCUUCCAAAAAGAGUCGAAGAAUGUGCGCUAUCCUUGACAAACAACAACGGCCUCUGUUCUCCUCGAUUGGUUUCCAUGCUCCCGGCGUCUGCGCAAUAUAAUCGGGCCGUCUCAACACUGAGUCUGACACUCGGUAUGACCGGCUUUGUUCUUUGUCCACGUGGGAUGAAACAUUUAAGCCCAGCCAAUCCAGAGGACAAGAAUUUUUACGCCUUUGCAAAGAUCUGUCAAUCCAAAUCUCUACGUCUACAUUUUUCUAAUCGACAAUUUGUGAACGACCAACUUGACCGGUUGAAGACUUUCUCCUUAGCUCUGAACAGAAAAGAUUUUGACGCAGAGUCUUUUCAACGCCAGAGAGAGGACGUGGACGAGCCGGAUUGGACUCUGUCACCCGAUCCACCCCCAUAUUAUGAGGAGCCUGUGUCCGAGCAGGUGAAGCAAGUGGGUCCACCCUUAUAUUCUGAGGAGUCUGAGUCCGAGCAGGUGAUUGGAAAACGGUACAGAGACCAAAUGCCACCCGAUGAUAAUAGAAGACGAAAACGACUGCUCCUCUCAUCCCCGCAACCGCCAGGCUCUGCCACCGAAGUUAAUACACCGAGUACUUGCUCCCUGUCACCGUCAUCAAUACGCCCAACUUGCUUUACGCGUGCUUUCUCUCCUGGCCACGCAGACCGUAACAUACUUGCACGUCUCGAACACGAGCUCCGUGGUGUUUCCGAUGGCCUAAUCUGUAAAUUAUUAAUUCGAACAGGACGCCGACAUCUACUAGCCCGCCCAGAAGAAGUAGACAGUGACCUGCCAUCCAACUCUAAAAAAGUCAGCUUUGCCAAGGUCGAACGGAUUGAAACCCCCCUCAAACAAUAUAUCGACGAGAUGAUUGAGCGCCGCCUCACACCUGUUGUCAACGAGAUCGUCGAUAGUACUGUGAGCUACGGUCGUGACCAGAUCUUCGACGAAUGUAAAAUAAACGAAGCCGGAUUUCGCGAGCAGGUCGACGAUGGCAACUAUGAGGUACGCAUAACGGCCAAUGAUUGUAUGAAGGAAAUACAAGAACUAGCACAAGAGUAUGUGGAUGAAAUAAAAGAACAAGCACAAACUGGCAAGGAUGGUAUCGAGGAUCAGAGAAUCGAGGUUGAGAUGUCUAUGGAGAAAAAAGUUGCAAAGUUCGAGCGCUGGUUCAAUGCUUCUGCACCGUCCUUACUUGAUGGCAAGUCAAGCCCUACCCAUGAGCUGGGCACUGAUGCCAGACGCAGUUCCAUUUAGAUUUGGUACUAGGCUUAACAUUGUCGUGUACAUAGUUUAUUUAUGAGUUUGUCCCUUUCCCUUCUUGUCAAAGGCAAGCGCUAAUCAAGUCGCAGUCCUUGAUAUAUAGCUCAAGAAGCUUUUCAGCAACUUCUUUCGUCCGGGACCCAGAGGAAGCCCCGCGCCUUGGUGACUUCGCUGAGGCCGCCA